GAUUCUGAUAGUAAUCUUAUUACGGGUGUUGUGAGACGGUUUGUCCCUCGUCGGUCACCGUACUGCACUCAAACUCGAGUGACGGCUCAGAUUAUUCUCACAAGAUUAAGAAAGUUUGCGGCUCAAGAUGUCGCCGUUUGUUCUUCUGAUGUUGUCGUGGAUGAUGGUGGCCGUGCGGGCAGGCGAUUGUCCCUGUGAGUCACCACAACUGUGCCAACAGAUUCGAGCGGAAAGGGAGUUUGAGGUGUUUGUAUUCGACGUUGGUAAAAAGACAUGGAAGUGGUACGACUGGGACCUGGUGACCACGGUGGCCAUGUUUGGGGAAUAUGAUGCGGAACUCAUGUGCUAUGCUCACUCCAAAGGAGCACGUGUUGUCCUUAAAGGUGACGUUCCCCUCUCCAACAUGGUGGACCCUGGCAACAGAACCGCCUGGAUAACUGAGAAGCUCAACUUGGCCAAGAGUCAGUUUAUGGACGGGAUCAACAUCGAUAUCGAACAAGCGGUGGAUGAAAACUCACCCGAGUAUUUCGCCUUAAACAGCUUGGUGAAAGAGACGACGGAGAUGUUUCACCAGGAGAUUCCCGGCUCGCAGGUGUCAUUCGAUGUCGCCUGGUCGCCCAAAUGCAUCGACAAACGCUGCUAUGACUACGUCACCAUCGCCGAGUCGUGUGACCUGGUGUUUGUCAUGUCGUACGACGAGCAGAGCCAGAUCACAGGCGACUGCAUCGCCAUGGCAAACGCUCCCAUAGCUCAGACAACUGAGGCUUACGACCUGUAUCUGAACCUGAGUGUGGAUCGGAACAAGCUGCUGGUGGGUGUUCCCUGGUACGGCUAUGACUAUCCCUGCAUCAACUUCUCACUGGAGGGCGUCUGCACUAUUCCAAAAGUCCCGUUCCGUGGCGCCCCCUGCAGUGAUGCAGCGGGGAAGCAGAAACCCUACAGCUGGAUCGUGAAGCAGAUCAACAGCUCCAUCUCUGGCCGCCUGUGGGAUGACAACCAGAAGGCUCCCUACUUCAAUUACAAGGAUCCAACGGGACAGAUCCACCAGGUCUGGUACGACGACCCUGAGAGUCUUUGUCUGAAGGCAAACUUGGUGAAGCUGAAAGGUCUGAGAGGCAUCGGCAUGUGGAACGGCAACAUCCUGGACUACAGUGACGACCCGGUGGCCAGGCAACAGACUGCGAUGAUGUGGAAGGCGCUUCUGGGAUGCUAGACUUCCUCCCUUCACACCUACUUGUUUGGUCAACACACGCCGCUUUGUUCUGCGCUGCACUGGCCGCUGCUAUUCAGUGUAGCCAUUGACAUUCCACUGAUUCUCCGCGGAGCAGAGCCCUACACUGAGGGCAUUUUCCAUAAAUACAUAAAAAUAAAAGGUUUAUCCCGAC